AUGCCCCGUGGUCGCCCCCCCAAGAGGCCUGCACUUGAACGGGAGGUUUUUGUCCCCGUCUCUAUCAACCCCGAACCUCAUCUUUUACGACUUCGUGCAGCAGAGAUUACCGCUGAAGGGAGCACACGGCUGCAAACACACUAUGUUGCUGGAAUUCCCCCCGAAAAUUCAUCAAACGACAACAUAUUUUGGAUAGAUGACCGCGUUGAGCAUCCCAGCGACUGUCAAUUUGAGGACGAAACACUUACAGACGACAUUGUUGAUAUUUGUUCCACGGAGAAGCGCAAAGAGACUGCGGCAGACAGACCUUUGCUCGCCUGGAUUGGACAACGUCAAAUCUUCCUGGACGAAAUGCUGCGCCUCAAUGGACGCGGGACUGAAGGUGUCACUUGCUCAUGUGGUGCAGUAUCGCCUCAAUUCCGAUGCUGUGACUGCCAUGGCAUUCAAAUAUUCUGCCGUGAAUGUACACUUCAAAACCACGUUCUUCAUCCUUUGCAUAGGAUUGAGAUAUGGAAUGGGACUUUUUUUCAGCGUAUCACACUCAAACAGCUCGGGGUUCGGGUACAACUAGGCCAUAACCCAGGAGAAAGGUGCUACAAACCUUCUCCCGCUGCCGGUGAUGAUUUUGUGGUCAUCGCGCUCGAUGGUAUUCAUGAAAUCGCCCUGGACUUUUGUGGCUGCGCUUCGGCUCAGAUUCGGUAUAAACAAUUGUUACGUAUGCGGUGGUAUCCAGCCACAGUCUCAGAGCCUCGAACUGCAGCAACCUUUACGGUUCUGCAGCAUUUUCAUAUUCUAUCCUUUGAAAGCAAGGUAUCUGCUUACGAGUUCUACCAGUCGCUCGCAAGGCGCACCGACAAUUCAGGGUUAGAUCGUUAUUCCGCUUUCAUGCGGAUGGUACGCCAAUGGCGUAACCUCAAGCAACUUUCCCGCGGAGGAAGGGGACACGACCCCGCUGGUGUCAAUGCUACUGCCGAAGGAGAGUUAGCUGUUCUCUGCCCCGCGUGCCCACAGCCCGGGAAGAAUCUUCCACUAGACUGGGAGAAGGAGCCUCUAUUUACCAGAUGGAAAUAUGCGCUGUUUGUUGCAAUCGAUGCGAACUUUAGAUUGAAGCGCAAGGCGGUGUCUUCUGACACUGCUGACCCUAGCCUUAAUGCUGGAUGGGCGUAUUUUGUGCACGAAGACUCAUACAAAUCUUACCUUGCAGAUCGUGCUUCCGACAAGCAAGAGCGAAGCACGUGUGUAAGCCACAAUGCAGUUAACAUGGCGGAUACCAAGUCCUCCCGUGGGCUUGCUGCAACAGGAGUUGGGACGAUCGACUGCGCAAGGCACGAUAUGAAGCUCCCAAACGGAGUUGGAGACCUGCAGAAGGGUGAACGGUACAUUAAUAUGGACUAUAUCAUGUGUUCUGCGCUCUUCAUCCUCGCGAUGUCCAUGAUCAACAUAUCCUACGACAUCGCCUGCCAGUGGCACAAGAGACUCUGGACUCGAAUGGAAACGAUGCCGGAACGACUUUCUCCCCCCCGCGAAUCUUCCCUCAUACAUUUUUUGUGCCGAAGUUCCACAUCCAGGCCCACAUCGAUAAGUGUCGCACCAAUUUCUCUUUCAACUGGUCGAGUGGCAUCAAGUACCAAGGAAAUGGGACCGGGAGCACGCCGGGACACUCUUGACGAUCACUUCGGUGAUUGGAACUGGAAAAAAAUUACAGCAUUAGGGCGGACAUUGCAUAAGAAGAUGAUUGAAGCUGUAAAGUGGACGAAGGAGCACUCCGAAGCCCUCUCGGAACUGGAGAAGACUAUUCAGCCGGCUCUUAUCGCGCAGUGGAAGGCAGAGGUGGAAUCCUGGGAGGAGGAUAACUCCUCUCCGAACCCCUUUGAAAGCCGGUUUAACCCGGUUACACAGGCAUCCGUACGACUACAACUCACUGAGCUUGAAGCUCAAGACCUUCAAGCUGGAAUCAAUGUCUCACUUCACACCGAUGUCUCUCCAAGCGGAUUGAUUACAUCGGGCAUGGAUCUCGAGGAUCAACAGGCACGCUUAAGAUCCAGUCUUGCCAAUGUGUCCCUCCACGACACCGACAAUCAGAAGGCCAUAACACAAACUCAAAUCGCCUCCCUCCAACGACGGCUUGAUGCCUGGGCCCGCAUCCAGGAGCUAUACAUGCCGGUUGUCUGUCAACUCCGGCAUCGAUCAUCAGAGGCUAGUGGGAGGCCACAGGAACUCAAACCUGAAGACUUCAACCUGUGGCUCCCUUCGCAACUUCCAGCUGGCACCCCCGUAGACCUGACGCUCGCUGGCCACGAGUGGGAGCUACGCUACGCGCAGGCCCUCGAUGCCCUGAACGAAGUUCGUUCCCACCUCCGGCUUCGAUCCCACAUGUACAAGUACAAGGAUAAAAAUGUCCGUGGUCAAGCGGGUUCCACUCGCGCCAAGAAAAUCAUUGAUGCCGUGGAAUCGAGGAAGCACGCCAGUGUAUUGAAGUACAGACGUGCGCGCAGUGCCCUGCUGUCUCUUGGCCACCGUCUGGAGAAGUGCGGUUGGGAGCUCACCAUGCGCCCACUUCUUGACUCCGAUGUUAAGCCUAUGGGUGACAUGGAGCAGCAAGGGAGAGGAACCAUCUCCUGGAUUUGGUUAGACUCCCGUGCUGAUAACAGCUGUACAGAAAAUGAACGCAUACAGGAUUGUGUCCGCUUGGAAUGGUGCAAGGCUCGUGCCCGCGCACACCGGUGGUCGGAGGAGGUGGAGUUAUUGCUAGAAGAGAUGAGACGAGUGCUGGUGUUUUUGAGAUGGCAAGGGUCCUGGUGGAAGGAGCGCAUAACUCUCCGAACGCUCAACUCAGCACCUGCACAAGAGGGACUGUCAGCGCUGUGGAGUGAUGUGCCUACCCUUGUCUCUGGUGGUGUCCUGAUUCCAGAGAGCGGAGAGGUAGAUACACCUACUAUUGACGCUCCCUUGCAGUUAUAA